AUGAAGUCCAUUUCGUUGCUGCUCUCUUUCGCUGCCUCCCUGGCUUUGACUUCUGCGACUCCCUUCGACAACAAUGCGAUACCUGCAGGCGCAUCCAUCACCCUUCCUCGCUCCCUCUCUAGCUCUUCCAGCUUCUCUCCUUUAACGCGAAGCAACCAUAAGAAGAAAGACAACUGGGGGAACGCUGUGGAAAAGGAUCGCAAGAAGAUCAAGAUCCGCGCAUCCAAGCAUGACCGAGAUGACAUCAGCGAUGACUUUCUGUGGGCGAUCAAGAAGGCAAACCACGGCGGCCUGGUGCAUUUGGAGAAGGGAAAGAAGUACGUGAUUGGGAAGAAGCUAGACUUGACUUUCUUGAAAGACGUUUAUGUGAAGCUUGAUGGCGAGCUGAAGUUCACAAACGACAUCGACUACUGGCAGAAGAACAACUUUUACUAUCCUUUCCAGAAAAGCAUUACAUUCUGGGUUUGGGGUGGAAAAGACAUCAAGAUCUACGGAAAGGGUGUUAUCAACGGUAAUGGACAGGCUUGGUGGGAUGGCUUCUCCGGUGCAGAGAUCCUCGACCCGAAAAACAAGUUCUACCGACCGAUUCUUUUCCUGACGGACAACGCUACCAACAUCGAGAUUGCUGGACUUCACCUCAAGGAUUCGCCAUGCUGGACCACUUUCCUCGUCCGCACCAAGAACGUUGUGUUUGACAAUAUCUACAUUGACGCUGUCUCCACCAACGUAUCUUCCCUUCCCAAGAACACAGAUGGUUUUGACUCCCUCAACGUCGACGGUCUUACCGUGACCAAUACCCGCGUCAAUGUCGGCGAUGACUGUUUCAGCCCAAAGCCGAACACCACCAACAUCUUCGUCAAGAACCUGUGGUGCAACGGUACCCACGGCGUCAGCAUGGGCAGUAUCGGCCAGUACCCCGGUGUCAAAGACUACAUAUCGAACGCCUGGCUCGAAAACAUCACGCUUCUCAACGGCCAGAAUGGAGCGCGCCUGAAAGCCUGGGCGGGUCCUAACGUAGGAUACGGCUAUAUUGACAAUAUCACGUACAAGGAUAUCCACAUUGAGAACACGGAUGCUCCGGUCGUUCUGGAUCAGUGCUACUUCAACAUCAACAAGACGGCUUGCGCCGCGUAUCCGAGUAACGUCAACAUCACCAAUGUCAAGUUCUUGAAUGUCUACGGCACAAGCAGUGGGAAGAAUGGUCGGGUAGUGGCGGAUUUGAAGUGCAGUCCUGGCGCGACGUGCAGUGGAAUCCACCUGGAAAAUAUCAACAUUACCAGUCCCGCGGGAGCUCCACCGCAGAUUGUGUGUGAGAAUAUCCAGGGCGAUGUAGGUGUCACGUGCGUGAGCCCGAAUGCGACACAAACUUGA